AUGGGUUUAGGUUCAAGCCUUAUGCAAUCAUUUUUCAUGCGAUGUAGUGACCAGGAAAAACUAGAUAUUCUGUAUAAACUGGAUGAAGAUCCAAGUUACCAAGGACCAGGCACGGACCAAGUAGAAACAUGGACACAACUUAACAUAACAGAACCGGAAUGCAGAAUCCCAAAUAGCAUACUACGUUGCGCAAAAUUGAAGGUGCUUAAUAUUUCCAAUAAUGAAUUUGUAGAAAAAGACUUAAUUCUUACAAUUUUUAGUCUGGAGGCACUCGAAGACUUAGACAUGUCCAAUUGCAACAUUACUUUCAUUCCGCCAGAAAUAGGCAUGCCCCAAAAAUUGAGAAAGCUUAACUUAUCAGGUAACCAGCUGCCGGCGAUACCUCUGCCACUUUGUGACCUAGUGGCAUUAGAGGAGCUUGAUCUAAGGAACAACAACAUAACAGCCAUCACGCCAGAAGUGGAAAGACUGUGCAAGUUGACGAAAAUAGACAUCUCCAGGAAUCCUUUAGAAGAAUUCCCACUUACAAUAUUAAAUAAUAAAAACUUGGAGAGUCUUAAUCUGGAUGGUGCUAGUAUUACUACAGUGCCACUGCAGUUAGAGCAGCUCACAAAUCUUAGUGAAUUGAAUUUGUCUAAUAACACAUUAGGGGGAUUUCCACUGUCAUUAUUUGUGCUGGAAACACUAGAGGUCCUUGACCUCUCGAACAACAACAUCGCCUAUGUGCCACCUGAGAUAUCACAACUUAAGAAUCUGAAGGAAUUGAACCUUUCUCUUAAUUGGUUGGAAGAAUUCCCAAUGGCAGUGUGUGAGCUAGUGACGCUGGAGACCCUUGACCUCUCAACGACCAACAUCACUACAGUGCCGUCUCAAAUAACAGAGCUAAAGAAUCUGAAGAAAUUGAGCCUGGCCUUGAGCAAGCUGACAGAAUUUCCUAUGUCAGUGUGUGAGAUGGUGACACUGGAGACCCUUGACCUGUCGGGCAUCAACAUCACUACAGUACCACCUCAGAUAACACAACUUACAAAUCUGAAGGAAUUGAACCUUUCUGAUAACCAUUUGGAAGAGUUCAUAAUUUCAUUAUGUGAGCUAGUGACCCUGGAGACGAUCGACCUUAAAAACAAUAGAAUCAGCAAAGUCCCGCAACAAAUUGAACAACUACAAAAGCUAAAAAUCAUUGAAUUGGAUAAAAAUGAAUUGACCCGAUUGCCCUCUCAAGUACGUCAACUGUCUAGUCUCAGUAAAUUCAGCCUGUCUGGGAACAACCUAGAACAACCUCCACAAGAAGUAGCAGAACGUGGGAUAGAAGCUAUUAAGAGGUAUUUUGAUGAUUUAGUCAAAACCGAGGAAACAUCAUCGUUUAGACUACAAGUACAAGUCAUUGGUGAAUCAUGUGCAGGGAAGACGAGUCUGGUGAAAACUUUGACAUCCGGUAGCCCUUUCUUAACAAGACAGGCAGAUAGAACGCACGUCAUGGAACAGAUUCCAUGGUCACCAAAAGAAGACGUCUUUCUCAACAUUAAUGAUUUCGGGGGGCAUGACGUCUACAAGGUCGCGCAUAACUUCUUCAUAACCAAAGAAGCUGUCACACUGAUAGUGUUUAAUCUUCAGAAUAUAUCUUUGAAUUAUCAAGCAGCAGUCGGAAGCUGGAUAGAUAGCGUUUACAGCAGGGCGCCAGAUUCAGCUAUACUGCUUGUAGGUACACAUGCUGAUUGCCUGAGCAGUGAAGAAGUAGACAAAGUAAAGAGAGAGCUUUCAAAUGCUCUCAGUUCCCACUUAGGUGACAUGGCAUCCAGCUUUAGAGCAAGGUUUGAGGAAUUAGAGAAGAAAAGUCAAGAUAAAGAAUCGCUUAAAUUGGAGUACAAAGAAAAAAUGCUGCGAAUUGAAAGCCUUAUUCAGACUCCACCACGUGUAGACGAACUUUUGUUUGUCAUCAGCUCCAAAAAUCGCCAUGGAGUAGCCGAACUCGAGGAAGUGUUGGUUAGAAAAUCGAGAGAAAAGAAAUAUAUAUUGCCAGAGUCUUGGCUGCAGCAGGUGGAGCACAUUGAGACGGCAAAGCGUAGUAAACAAGAUCCUUUCCUAACACUUAAGUUCCUUGUUAACAUGACAGGGUUGAAAGCAUCACAAAUGCAGGGAGGUGAAGAUGCUCAAAGAAUUGAAGACGUGCUGAGUUUCUUGCAUGCCACAGGCGCUGUUCUUUGGUUCAGAGAUAAGCCGUUGCUGAAGACCUUCAUAUUCCACAGACAAGAUGUUUUCAUUGAUAUCUUGAAGGCAAUUCUCCGUCAUGAUAUUGGUUCUAUACUUGUAUAUGAUUCCGACCCUUUCAAGCAGAAGUUCACCCUUGAGAUAUUUGAAUCUGCCAAGAGAGAUGUGCUGCGAAGAGGUAUCAUCAGUAGAACCAUGUUGGAAUGUUUGUGGCGGAGAUUCAACUUUGGUAAACAGGGUCUCGACGCCAUGUUAGAGUUGCUUGAAAAGUUUGAGAUUUGUUACGUUGUGAAUGGUGUAGAUGAAGAUAAGUAUCAUUUCCCAUGGCUAUUGGACGAAGAUCUGCCUGAAGGUGUUUCUUCCAGUUGGCCCGCUGUUCCAUCCAGAGAUGAAUCGCAGAUUACCACUGAACUCCAUUUUCCAAUCACUUGUCCCACUGGACUGUAUGAAAUGGCGGCAGUGCAUCUCCAUGGCCACUUGGGGCAAUUCAAGGCAACGAGAACAGACUGGAAACAUGGUUUCUAUGCAAAGCUUGACAACCAGAGUCAAAUUUGUCUCAAAAGAGAAGUUCCUGGUGCGUCAUCCAACGGAGUUAUUCGACUCUCCAUACGUGGCAAUGAUCCCAUCCAAGUGAAGAAAUACAGCCUGAGGAUAUUUCAAGACCUUCUAUCCUUGACAGAAAAAGAAUGUCCCGGUUCUCCUCGGGAUGAAUUCCUGGUUUGUCCACACUGUGUCCACGAAGAGAGCAUUCCACCAACGCUGUUUGACAUUCCUGUCACUCUCCUAAGUGUUCCCUCUGAUUCACCAGUUCCUUACCACCCGUGUCCAGAAGAAGAACCUAGGUUUAUGGCUUCUGCAGACUUCUACUAUCCAGUAACUGCGGGGAAAAUGACAGAGCUGCACUACACGUCACUUGAGAAACACUUGGUGCAAGUUGUAGAUGAUGUCCGAGGCUCCCCCCAAGAGGUACUAGGUCGCCUCGUUAAAGCUGAUGUAAUAACAGAGAAAGAGAAAGAGAAAACAUCGUCCUUGGUGCUGGGAGAGGAAGACAGACUUGUUGGAUUUCUUCGGAGAAAGAAUGAUUCCGCGUUCUACAUAUUCUGUGGUGCUCUUCAUGAUAGUGGCCAUGUUGGAACUGUUCAACUUUUGAGAUUACCGGACAUGGCCGUGAUGCUUUCUGAAGAUAACUUCAAAGAGCUCCUGCAGAGAUUACAUUCAAAAGACGUUAUAACACAAUCAGAUAUUGAUGCAGUGAUGAGAGAACCAACCAAGCCGUCGAGAGUAUCAGCACUAGUGAAGAAGUUAAGGGAUGGCAAGAAUAGCCCCGAGGCAGGACGCGCCUUUGGUCAAUUUCGAGAUGCUCUUUAUGACGAGACUACAAGGCUGAAAGGAUUAUACUAG